AUGAGUCUUCAUAUUGUUCCUAUCCUCGACUCGGGAUCCAAACCGAGGCGACUACGCAGCCCUGAUAACUUGAAUGGAUACAUCAUCAACAACAGAUUCCAACUAUUGAAAAAAAUUGGUGCUGGAACCUAUGGUCUCAUAUACUUGGUGCACGAUCAACAGACUGGUCAUCAGUAUGCGGCUAAGAUGGUUCUUACCACUCCUCCACCCCCCGCCCGUCUGUCGACCACCAACAAUAAAAAAAUGAUAGAAGAUGCUAUCCACAACUAUUUCUACUCGCAUGGUACCGUCAAUCCGCCGCCGGAGUCACCGCAGGACCACGAGCUACUCUGUAAAAGGCCCCAAACACCGCCAUACGAGCAAGAACACUCUUUAUAUUUUCCUCCAAAGCCAGCAGAACCUGGAAUGCAUGUUAGAUCCAACGAGCUCAAUUUGGAGGCCGUCAGACGAGACGGUCAUGCAUGUCCAUUUCUUAGAGAGAUAGCCAUCCACCUACUAGUACAUGAUCAUCCCAAUAUCGUGUCCAUACAUCAUGUCUUGUUAUUAGAGAAAUUUGCCAUAGUGACCCUUAUGGACUACUACCCUCAGGGAGAUCUCUUUGGUCAGAUAAUCGAUGAUCAGAUCUUCCAGUGUCCCCCCAUCCACCAAAAUAAAGAAUUGCUCAUGAAAAAUUGCAUGGUUCAACUCAUACAAGCCAUUACCUUUUGUGCAGAAAAAGGUGUCUAUCACUGCGAUAUGAAGCCUGAAAACGUCAUGGUAACUUAUGAUCCGAGCUACAGGCGGCCUCAAAGACAGGAUAACGGUAGAAACUCUCCUUUGACUGCGCAAGAUAUUGUCGAUUAUUCCGAGCUUCGUGUAAGCCUCAUAGAUUUCGGACUUGCAAUGACUAAUAACUUGAUUUGUUGUAAUGCCUGUCGUGGACUGAGUUUCUACAUGGCGCCCGAAAGAAUUGUCAAUUUCAACACCAAUAGACUAGUCAAAUCGUUGGUAGAUAUGGAUGAAUUUCCUGAUAAUCCACAAGCAACUUCAGAGCUGAACCAAAAGCUUUUUCCGACCCUUGCUGGUGAUAUCUGGUCGCUAGGCGUUCUUUUCAUUAACAUAUCGUGCUCCAGAAACCCUUGGCCAAUUGCCAACAUCAAUGAUAGACAAGAAGUGUUUGCUAAUUAUGUUUUGAACGACCGGCUGGUUCUCCGGACAAUCUUGCCCAUUCUGCAGCAGUUCAAUCACUUGCUCAAUCUAAUUUUCGAGCUCAAUCCCAACCACCGCAUAUCACUUUACGAGUUGCAAGAUCAACUCGUGAAGUGUCAUUUUUUCCAUGAUCCGGUGGAGUACAACGAACAGUUUUGUACUCCACCAGGGGAGCUGAAGUCGCCAGUUACCACCCCAUGUGGUAGCAAAAAACGCAUCAUUCAGAGUAAGGAUCACAGAAAAACACAACCUUAUCCCAUUUUUUACUGA